GAAAUCCAGAGCAGCCAGCGGCCGCGCGGAAGGAAAUCCCUCCAGAAAUCCAUUUCGCCGGGAUGGACAGCGUCGUCGGCGGCGGCAAGGUGAAGAAGGCGGUGGGGCGGAAGCUCGGCGGGCCCAAGAAGAAGGCCGUCUCGCGCUCCGUCAAGGCUGGCCUCCAGUUCCCCGUCGGCCGCAUCGGCCGCUACCUCAAGAAGGGCCGCUACGCGCAGCGCGUCGGCUCCGGCGCGCCCGUCUACCUCGCCGCCGUCCUCGAGUACCUCGCCGCAGAGGUGCUGGAGCUGGCCGGGAACGCGGCGCGCGACAACAAGAAGAACCGGAUCAUCCCGCGCCACGUGCUGCUGGCCAUCCGGAACGACGAGGAGCUCGGGAAGCUGCUGGCCGGGGUCACCAUUGCGCACGGCGGCGUGCUGCCCAACAUCAACCCGGUGCUGCUCCCCAAGAAGACCGCCGAGAAAUCCGACAAGCCCGCCGCCAAGAAGGACGCCGCCAAGUCGCCCAAGAAACCGGCGCGCUCCUAGACAUCCCCAACUGUAUAUGCAGCGCUCCCGUUUGUUCGAUUCCUGAUUAGUCCUCACAAGCACAAGUUAACUGCAUGCUUUGAUUGAUUUGCACGUAGACGAUAGUAGAAACCUAGUGGUAGAAGUGAUGAGAAGACCAAAGUGACUCGCUUUGUCUUCUCAGUUCCAUGUGUUUUAGUCAGUUGAAUUUGUUUGUGUUGCUUUCUGCAUCAAUGUGAUAGUCUGUUUGGCUAAUGCGAAUUUUUAACCUAGUGAGUUGAUCUCUAUGACACUAUUCAUCUAUCGUGUUUGUUGAUUGAAUUUGUUCAGCAGCGUGGAAUCCUAAGGGGGAAUAUGAAGCAAUGACAAUUGAGUUAGUCAUGUUA